AAAAGAAGGGGGGAAAAAGGAUUCUUUCUUUAAGUUCUCUUGAUCAGAAAUUAGUCAUGGGAAAGACGAGGGUCUUCAACCUCGACAAAGUGGUCGAAGAAUUCGAGGAAGUGACAAAAAAUGCAGCUCAGGUUCAGAGAGAAACACUGAGAAAAAUUCUCGAACAAAAUGGCGAAGUUGAGUACUUGAGAAAUUUCGAUUUAAACGGAAGAACUGAUCCUGAAAGCUUCAAGUCUUGCGUCCCUCUCGUUACUCACGCAGACUUAGAGCCUUAUUUUCAGAGAAUUGUCGAUGGCGAUACUUCAAAGAUUCUCACUGAGAAACCCGUCACUGCUUUAUCAUUGAGUUCUGGUACUACUAAUGGGAGGUCCAAGUUUCUGAUAUUCAACGACGAAAUGUUACAGUCCUCAAUGCAGAUUUACCGAACAUCGUUUGCUUUCAUAAAUAGAGAAUACCCAAUCGGAGAAGGAAAAGCUCUCCAAUUCAUCUACAGCAGCAAACAAAUCAAAACAAAAGGAGGCCUCAUAGCCACGACAGGCACAACAAACAUAUACAAAAGCAAACAAUUCAAAAGCACGAUGAAAGAAAUCCAAUCUCAAUGUUGCAGUCCUGAAGAAGUUAUCUUUAGCCCAGACUUCGAUCAAGCAUUAUAUUGUCACUUGUUAUGCGGUCUUAUCUACUCCAACGAUGUACAAUACAUAGCUUCUGCAUUUGCUCACAGUAUAGUGCACGCAUUUCGAACCUUCGAGCAAAUUUGGGAAGAACUCUGCGAAAAUAUCAGAUACGGGGUUCUGUCUGAUAAAAUCACUGAUCAAUCUGUUCGUCUAUCGGUUUCGAAAAUAUUACACCCAAAUCCUGAAUUGGCUGAUACCAUUGAGCAAAAAUGUGCAGGUUUAAGUAAUUGGUAUGGGUUGAUUCCUGAGCUGUGGCCAAAUGCGAAAUAUGUAUACGGGAUCAUGACAGGAUCAAUGGAGCCAUAUGUUAGGAAAUUGAGGCAUUAUGCAAAAAAUUUACCGCUUUUGAGUGCAUAUUACGGGGCUUCAGAAGGAUGGAUUGCUGCUAAUGUUAAUCCUAGGAGGGAAAUUGAGUCGGUGGCUUAUGCAGUGUUUCCCAAUAUCAGUUAUUUUGAGUUCAUACCUGUUAUUGGAGAAAACGAGGAGACUGUUGGGCUCACCGAAGUGGAGAUUGGGAAGGAGUAUGAAGUUGUGAUCACUAGCUCUGCAGGCUUAUAUCGAUACAAACUCGGAGACAUCGUUAAGGUCACAGGUUUCCACAACUCGACACCAGAGCUCCAGUUCGUAUGCAGAAAAAACCUACUGUUAACCAUAAACAUCGACAAAAACACCGAAAAAGAUCUGCAAGCUGCAGUCGAAAAAUGCUCCCAACUCCUAUCAUCAGAAAAAAUCGAAGUAGUUGAUUUCACAAGCUACAUUGAUUUAUCUUCAGAGCCUGGGCACUACGUGAUCUUUUUAGAACUGAGCAGCGAUGUCGAGCAAGAAACAUUGAACGACUGCUGCGACUGUUUGGACGCGGCUUUUGUGGAUGUGGGCUACGUGGGCUCAAGGAAGGCCCAUGGAAUCGGGCCGUUAGAGCUUAGAGUAGUCAAAAGAGGAACUUUUGAGAGGAUUAUGGAGCAUUAUUUUGGGAAGGGCGCAACCGUGAGCCAGUUUAAGAUGCCAAGAUGCGUGAGAGAGUCUAAUGGCGAAGUGUUGGAGAUAUUGUGUGGUAAUGUUGUCAGGGGUUGUUUUAGUACCGCAUAUUGAUGAGGGGUGUCGUUGUAUUAAUUAAUUGUGUUUGUUUAAUGUUGUUAUAUAUGGUUGUGUUCGUAAAUGUAAUGAAUUAGCUAGGAUUGAGGGUUGAAGCAUGUUGUUGGUACUUUUUGAAAUGUGAAAGCGUAUUGGUGAA